GAGAAAUGCAGCCUUUGCACAGCUGCCAGGUUGUCCGACCCUUUAAACAAAGAAAGAGUUUUGCAACCAGGGUGGAAGAAGUGGCCAGCAUUCGAGGGAAGUUCCCAACAAAAGUCCCAGUAAUUGUUGAAAGAUACCAGAAAGAAAAGUACCUUCCACUGCUGGACAAAACAAAGUUCCUUGUACCUCAAGAGUUGACCAUGACGCAGUUUAUAACCAUCAUUAGGAGCAGAAUGGCACUGAGUAAUACUCAAGCUUUCUACUUGCUAAUAAACAACAAGAGUUUAGCCAGUAUGUCUCUAACUCUGGCUGAAGUAUACCGGGAUUAUAAAGAUGAAGAUGGUUUUCUGUACAUGACUUAUGCUUCCCAGGAGAUGUUUGGAGGCUUUUUAACUAUUGGCAAGGCAAACUGUAAGGAAUGUCUCCUAAAACAUAAGAAUUCUCUUGGUGACAGCUGUUGUUAGACAUCUGGGCUGUGAUUCACACAACUGGCUUGAAGAUGAAAAGUGCUCUGUCUGAUGUGGGCUCUCCUGAAAGAUUGAUGGUCAAGGCGUUGGCAGGACCCAACCCAAGAACCAAGUGGUGGAAGAAACUAUUCUAAGCAAAUGACCUGGAUCUAUAUUUUUUAUCUGGCUGUUAGUCACCCAUGGAAGGUAGCAGGGGUAUGCUUCAGUGUUAAAACAAAUUUAAAUUAUGUAUCUGCUUUUUAAAGUAUUAUUGAAGAUAGGUGUGCAUGAGAAGCAAAUAAAGGGAUUUUAAGACCAGGUAUAGUAACCUGGGCAGGAAUUGUCUGCUUAGCAGCUGAGAAUUGGUGAGCACUAGAGACUUGCACACUGCUUGGUAGUUAAACAGAGCUGUAGUUCAUUCUUUUAUGAACUUGCUUUUGUUAAAACCUUGUUCAGCCUUCCUCUGAGAGGAAUACCACCAGGAGGUGGGGUUACGUUCUAAAAUGUACAUCAAGAGAUGGAAACUGUGCCAGGUCUUUUGCAAGAAACAAAAAGUGGCCAGAAAUUGAUUUCUAAUUUUUAAAAAAUAUGUAUUUUCUGCUGACAAAAAGUAGUGCUCCCCCCGUAACCAUCCUGGAAGAAAGGUGGAGUAUAAAUUCCAUAAAUAAAAUUGAUAAAUAAAGAAGUAACAAAUUGAAAAGGUGGGUUCCAGCCCCUGGGGUUUUCCAAGAGAGACAAUUCAAUUUUGCUUAGGCAGGAGUGAAUUGGGGCCCAGAAAAAAGACAAGGCCGCAUUUUGCUGACUGCUGCUUUAGAGCAAAAGAACCUUUACUCCCACAAACAUGAACAUGCUUGCUUUCCCCUAAACAUGACAUCUAUAUGGAAGUAAAUCUUUUGAAGGGAGCUUCUCCUGCGGAAUGUAAUAGGUCUUCUUCAAGCACACUUUGCAUGUGGACCCCAAUGAGAUCAAUCUGGAAAAAAAAUCUGUAUUAGAUUGAAAUCAGCAGAUGGGGUGUUCCUGAUCACAGCUCCCUCAGUGGAGCUGUGGUCAGAGUACAAAUACAUAUGUGGCAUCUUGCAAUAGUUUAAACUGGGAGUAAGUAGAAGGAUAGCUAACCUUUAGCACUGAGGCAGCAAGCCUUGAAGCGCUAACAGAAGCUUUAUCAGGAUGCUAUGUUCUUGCUCUUUGAACUCUGCUCUGAGCUUUAUCUUAAUAUCUGUCAGAGAUAAGACAACUGUAUAAAAGUAAACUGUUGUUUUUUUUUUAAUUUCCCUAUUGUAGCUCACAAAGUGCAAGAGGAUUAAAAGUUACUUAGCCUGAAAUUUAGGCUUUAAGCCCUGUUGAUCAAAUUGACAUUCUGAAACUAUAGUACCCCAUUGUCUCUGACCAUUGGCUAUGUUGGCUAGGAGUGAAGGGAGAUGAAAGUCAAAACAUCUUGGGGGACCUGGGUUAAGAACAAAUCCCUCAACUACCCUGAUUUGGUAGGAACAGUCCCAAUUAAUCCUUUGUUUCUCUCUCCUCCCAUUAUCCCCUGUGUGCUCAACUUUACUUCAACUGCUGCAAACUGGGUUCAGAGUACAAAAGUAGUUUGUACUCAGUUAAUUCAACAUUGGGUAGUGGAGAUGGGGUGAAAUCUUAUUCCCAGUAGGCCCAGGCAAAAGCAAGCUGCUGCAGCCUCUCUCAAUUUGUCUAUUUUUCUUAAUAACUUUUGCCAUCUUGACCAUGCUUUGAAAUUGCUUGGCCACAUGUGUCCUGGUUUUCAUUUGGGAAAGAUUGGAGGGUAUGCUAGGAUCUGCUGAAAAGAACUACAUUUGAAAACAUCUUAAAUCAUUUUAUUUUUUUAAAAAAUUCUACCAGUUGUGUAUCUCAAAACCACUCUUCUUUGCCAUCUUUUUUGAAUGACCUUUCAUUUCUCUGUAUUUUAGGAAUGUGCUGUGCUAGUUUGCAAACUGAUAUGCAUUCCUGCUUGGAAAGAAAACCAUGUUAGGAGUAAGCACUGUCUAGUCUACUGUAAUGAUUCUGUCUGCAGCUGGUGUGUGUGUGUGUUUCUGUAUCACAUUUAUUUUCUUGGAUGUUGGCUUGAGUGAGGGUGGCAGAAACCCUUUUAAUUCAAAUAAGUAAGUUUAGUCAUCAUGCAGUUUAAAGCAACACCUGUUUGGCAAGUGUGAGGAAUGGGUGAGGAUGUAAAUUUGGUGGCAAUGAGCUGAUCUAAGAUGGAGAAAUGCAAUGCAUGAUGGGGAAAGCUGUCUGGCAAGCGAGGCGAGGAUUUUUUGAGAACUGCUGAUGUGGUGAUAGAUGGCGUGUCCAAAACUUUGGAUGUAGCUGCUUAUCCGUAAAGAAGAAGAUAUCCAGGACUGUACAAACAGCCUGGAUAGAAACAAAGACUGAUAAGGAAGAGACUGCAAAGAACUGUUCAAUCUGAAGUGUUAGUCAGCGUCAAAGGAAGAGGUCCUCACGUAAAGACAGCAGGAUGGAGGACAUGGUAAAGCCUUAAAAGAGAGACUUUUCCAAAUCAAAGGUGUGCUCUGGACCCGCGGAAACAGAGCUCCCACGCCUUCAUGAAGACAACUGAUCAACGCCUUCAGUGAAGUGCCAUCUGUGUGUGUGAGUAUUGUGUGAAUGGUGUGUGUGAGAGCUCUCUUGGUACUUGUAUUUGUCUAUGUCUGUGUAUUUCAAUAAAUGUUACAUGUAU